CCGCGGGUUCGAGCGGCUCUUCCGUGCGCCGCCCUCCGUCCGCAUGGCCCGAUGCUGUGCCAUGCGGCCUUCGCCGCCGCGGGUCCUUUCGCCCCCGUGCUCGCUCCCGCGUCCAGCGGCGGGGCCUCUGGGCGUUUCUCGGCGCUUCUCGGCGCUUCUCGGCGAUUUUCGGCGAUUUUCGGACGUUUCUCGGCGAUUUUUUCGGACGUUUCGUCGGCCCUCGGCGUUUUUUUUUCAGUCCUCGGCGUGGUCUCCAGCAACUUCGCCUCGCCCAGAGGCCUCCGGGGGCGCCCGCGCCGCCCGGAGAGCCGGGCGACGAGGAUCGCUGGGGGGAUGGGCCCAUGGGGCGAGUGGCGAGUGCAUCCGUCACUUCCAACCGCGAUUCUCAUACUCUUUCUUCUUUCCAUAGGUGUCCAAGGUUUGAAUCUGCUUGACCGCCCGCCUGCAGAGGGCGAUGCCGGCUGGCGCGAGACCACCGCCGCGGGCACGACGGGUAAGGACGGGAAGCGCGUGGCCAUAGUUGUUGCAGGAUCUAGAUCUUUCAUUCGGUAUAGCUUGAAUUCAACGUUGCACCAUCUCAUACGGCCGCUCGUGGCCGAGGGCCACCAGGCGGAUUACUACGUCUCGCUGACUUACCAGAGCAGUCCAGCAUACCAUUCGCAUUUUUGGUACAUGCAGCACUUGGCACUGGACCCGGUUCUCGAUGGCGCUUGUGGUGGCAAGACAGUGGAGUCGGAUAUCAGCAUCUUCCUUAAUAACAUGACCGACGAAUGCACCAAGAAGCAUGAGAUCUUAAUUUCAAGCGAGAUACAGAAACAUGGAGGGCGUGCGCGCAAGGUCGUCUUGAGGCAAACGCUAAGCAUUGAUGAUAAUGAAUUGGUGGCUGCAAAGCGUUCAGCUGCCGUAUCUACGUCUCCUGGAGAAGACCCCGAUUUGAGGUUCCCCAUUCUGGAUUUAAACAGACGGCAAGCAACUGCAAAUGCCAAUCGCAACAUGCUCACGCUCUUUUUGAAUUACCAGCAGUUGUGGGACGAAGUUGUAAAGAGUGAGGGUGCAACGCAGCCGUACGACUACGUAAUGUUCCUCAGAGACGAUACUUUGUGGCUGAAAGAUUUCAGCCUGAAUCGUCUCAUCGAUCACGGCCCUGCUGAUCUUUAUGUAUUGUCCUGCGAUGCCCGUGUGCCGUCUAUGUGGCCACAAGAGAUUAAUGAUCAUGGCAGUGUGGUGUCUAGAAAGAAGGCUGAGCUAUUUGGUAAUUAUUUCGCCCACUUGUUUCGUGCAAAUAUCACGGAAUGCAGCAAGAACAUCGCUCCGAAGACAGGCGGAAAGUUUGGUUGCAACAGCGAAAUGAUUCUGAAGAUGAUUUUGACGCAAGACGGUGUGUCAACCAAAUUGGUGGGGCAGGGGCUUAUACCUUUCCAGCGAUCGGUGCAUGUGCAAAUGCCAGGAGGUGGCGUUGCACCUUGUUUCCACAAGUAUUGCCAAAGCCAUUCAGAUGGCCUGGAAUCUUUCGGAAUUCAGCGAUGCAAACAGAUGAGAGCGUAG